CACAUCAUACCACGCUGCGCUCGUGACGCCUCGUGGGUGACAAGAGGAGCAGUGAGCCCGAGUAGAGUCCGUCAGGCCGGCAGCCUCGUGCAGCAUGGACAGCGAUGAUGAGAACAUAGAAGAGGUCGUAGAAGGUCCACUGGAUGAGGACGAUCAGCCUCAUGGGUUCUGCACAGUAACAUACUCAUCCAGUGAUCGUUUUGAAGGACACUUCACCCAUGGAGAGAAGAAUGGAAAGGGAAAGUUCUUCUUCUUUGAUGGAAGCACCUUGGAGGGUUUCUACGUUGACGAUGCUCUGCAGGGUCAGGGGUUGUACACGUACGAAGAGGGCGGCGUCCUCCACGGGACAUAUGUGGACGGUGACCUGAACGGACCCGCUCAGGAGUUUGAUGCAGAGGGCCGCCUGGUGUUCAAGGGCCAGUACAGAGACAACAACCGAUGUGGGGAGUGUCGGGUGUACUACCCUGAUGGAGGCUCUGUGUUUGGGGAGGUGAAUGAAGAGGGGGAGCUGACAGGUGAUGCCUUAGCGUACAUCUACCCUGAUGGACUCUCAGCUCUCUACGGGAACUUUGUGGACGGAGAGCUGAUCGAGGCUCGCUGUGCCACCCUGAUCUCCAACCAGAGUGGAAGGCCACGUUAUGAAAUCACACCUAACAGUCCGGUGUACUCGUACGACAAGUCCACGUCCACCUGCAUCGCCACUCACACUCUGCUCCCUGACCCGUAUGAGAGCAAAAUGGCAUUUGUGGCCGACUCCACGAUCAAAGGAGCAGGACAGGGCCUGUUUGCCAAGACGGACGCUGAUGUGGACACUGUUAUGGCUUUUUAUAACGGAGUACGAAUCACACACUCUGAGGUGGACAGCAGAGACUGGGCACUAAACGGAAACACGAUCUCAUUGGACGAGGACACAGUGAUCGACGUCCCGCAGCCGUUCGACCAGAUGGACAGAUACUGUGCGUCUCUGGGUCACAAGGGAAAUCACUCCUUCACCCCCAACUGCAGAUACGACCCGUUUGUCCACCCUCGUUUUGGACCCAUUAAGUGCAUCCGAACUCUGCAGCCCGUGCAGAAAAACGAGGAGCUGACUGUCGCUUACGGUUACGAUCACGAGGCUACGGGGAAAAACGGCCCUGAGGCUCCUGACUGGUACAAACAGGAGCUGAAGGACUUCCAGCAGAGACAGGCGGCUCCCAGUGGACAUUAAAACUCCCCUCGAUCUGAGCAGCAUCUGUAAAGGACUCCUGCAGCAUCAUGGCACUUAAAUCCCACACAGCUUGGUCUGAAAGAAACCUGGGCGAUACAAGAGCUAUGCAACAAAGUGAAUUAUUUGAGAUGUGACUUCGGCUGUUAUGUCUGAUUUGACCCCUGUCGGCUUCUUCACACAUGAACAUGUAAAUCAUGAUUUAAAGUUUGGUGCUAAUGAUUAAGGAUAUGUUAAAAAACUGUUACAGUUCUCACUUCAGUUACCUCUGUGUCAAAUGUUUUUCCCAACAGCACUCUAUAUUUAUUUUUUCAGUCACUCUUCAUUUAAACUUACUCAGUGGGCUCAGUCCAUACAUUUAAACCUUGAUGGACCUAUUUACCCAACAUGAAGUAUAUCUAAUCUAUUUAUCAUAUCUGAAGCUGCUACAGUAUUACAUUUACUGAUUUAUAACUCCAGCCCAUUGGCUGAAAAUAAUGGAUAUCAAGUUACUAAAAGAAAGACCUAAACCUGUUACACUUUUCUAACUGUAUUAUCUGUCAUCGUAGACCACCAAAUAAAGUCAUACAGAUGUAAAACAAA